AAAAGCCUGCUCUCAACAUGGUGAAGGCGGCGUCUCCGAGCGUGAAGGCGAUCUUUAUCCUCGACAGCGAUGGCAACCGCGUGUGCGCCAAGUACUACGACAAGUCGUACCCGACGCAGAAGGAGCAGCUCGAUCUGGAGAAGAAGCUGUACGCCAAGACCAAGAAUGCCACGUCUCGUGUGGAAGCCGACAUUAUUCUGAUUGAGAACAUUGUGAGCGUCUUCCGCUGCGGGUCGGACACUACGAUGCAUGUGGUUGGCUCGGCUUCGGAGAACGAGCUGAUCCUGCUCACUGUCUUGGACUCGGCCUACGACGCUGUCAGCAACUUGCUGAAGGGACGGAUGGACCGCCAUGUCAUGCUCGACAACAUCGAGCUGGUGCUGCUCACGUUCGACGAGGUUGUCGAUGGCGGAAUCAUUCUGGAAGUCGACACGCCGUCCAUCUCGAACCGUGUGCUUAUGCGCGGUAUCGACAACGAAGUGCCAAUGGCAGAGCUCACCAUUUCACAGGCGUUUGCUUCGGCUCGCGAGCAGUUCUCGCGCUCCUUCCGCAGCUAGACGGCAUCCUGCGUGCCACAUUAAAUGUGUCUUUCUCUGCUUUCUAUCCUGCUCUCCCAAACACGACUCCGUUGUG